AUGCCUCCCAAGCGAAUUUACGGCGAGAAGGGCGGCCGUCGCGCCCCCAAAGGCUUCGUCGCCUCGACUUAUGAGACCUUGACCUCGGCUGAGAACGCCGCCUUUGUCCGCAGCAUCGCCAUCUUCGGAGCUGCCGUCACGUUCCUUUCCAGCUCCUGGGGCGAGAUCCUCCUUCCUCCUCAAUAAUCGAUAGGCGCUCUCCCUCCACUACCUCAUGAUCCAACUCCCAUUACCAAUUCGACACCCCCAAAUCAAACCACAAAAUGGAGUCAUUGUACAUUAGAAGGAUGAUUGUAUACUACGAUGCGAGAUUUGCGCGGCAUGCUGCACGCGAUAUAGACUUGCGGGGCGACUUCAGGUGGAUGAUGCGGCUCGACAACGGCUUGCCGGAAUGAUUGACUCGAUAAUGAAAUAAAAAGAAACGCAAUCUCCAUUUUUUGG